UCAUCUCCUCCAGUGAUCCCGCCCCCUCCUCGCCCUCAGUGUGAAUCUGGGAGAGUCUUAGCCGAGAGGAGCUAAUGUCUCUACGAAUGGAUUUAUGUGGGUUUUUUGGUCAAAUUUGAACAGACUGAAGAAACAUAGUUAAGAUAAGAAUAUAUUUUAGUGUUUUUACGGUUGGAUUGUCAUCAGCCUGAAUACUUCCAGCCUGUCUUCGACCCUCAGGAGUGUUUAGUUUGUCUGGUCGAUCGUAAUGUGGCUCAGGGGCUAAUCCUUGGACUUCAUUCAAUACUAAUUCAUCUCGAGGCGCUUCGUCUGGGCGAUCCGAACUGAUUUAACAACCGCUCUGAAGAAUGACAGAAUACAAGCUGGUAGUCGUCGGGGCUGGUGGCGUUGGGAAAAGUGCCCUGACCAUCCAGCUCAUUCAGAAUCACUUUGUAGACGAGUACGACCCCACUAUUGAGGAUUCUUACAGAAAGCAGGUUGUGAUUGACGGAGAGACGUGUUUGUUGGACAUCCUGGACACCGCAGGUCAGGAGGAGUACAGUGCUAUGAGAGAUCAGUAUAUGAGGACAGGAGAGGGCUUUCUCUGUGUGUUUGCCAUCAACAACGCCAAGUCCUUUGAGGAUGUACAUCUUUACAGGGAGCAAAUAAACCGUGUCAAAGACAGCGACAAUGUCCCGAUGGUGCUGGUGGGGAACAAAAGUGACCUGGCCUCUCGUACUGUAGAGACGCGUCAAGCCCAAGAGCUCGCCAGGAGUUACGGCGUCCCAUUUGUCGAAACAUCUGCCAAGACGCGACAGGGAGUUGAGGAGGCAUUUUACUCUCUCGUGCGGGAGAUCCGAAGAUACAAGGAGACGAACCGCAGCAAUAAGAAGAGCAAAAAGCACACACAGAGACGCUGCACUCUUUUAUAGCGCUACACGCGUACAGCCUCGCACUGCACCCCUGUGAUAGCAAUGCACUCACACACACACACACACACUACUGUAGCAUUACACACACAUACACACCCCAUUUCCUUUUCUUACCACUCUUACGCCACCAGCCUUUGAGGAAUAGGAACCUGACUGGCUGUUGUAUGUUUGUGUGCAUGAGACCUCAGUGAGAAUCGAGCAACUGUGGAAUUGCUUUGGAAAAGACCUAUGUCCAAAUUCGUCUCGUCUCAACUUUGAGCUGCUGCUGCCCCUUCUGUGCUAAAAAGACCCGAUGUGUGUCAUAGUUUUACAGUCGUAUUUUGGAGUGACAGCAGCAAGGAAUCUUGUUUAUAACAAAUUGAUCAGGUGGUGAAGGGAUAUACUUUAUGUCGGUAAUGGGUAACUGUUUUUAAGUAAGCCGGAUCACGUCUCAUCCCUUUCAAAACUUUGUGAGCCAGUCGGCACAUCCGUGUGGUUCUGUUAACGGUGGUCGGGAAAGAGGAAGCUCAGAAGUCCCCUAAAGUUUUUGUGGCCCGUGAGAAAGCACAUUAGAGCCACUUCAUAUGAGGUUUCCAACUCAUGCAUUGUGGGAUAUAUUCAGAAAAUAUUUUUAGCACUUGCUCCAUCAAAUAGGGUUUCUGUAGUUGUCACCGUUUUUCUUCCCAGGUCACUAUUGUUGUCAUGGCUUGGACUAAAACCUAGCUGUCCUACACCUAAUAUAGCCCUUCUAUAAUUAUGAGAUUCAGAAAAAAAGAAAAAAAUCGAGCUUUAUUUUUCCCAGCAGUAUUUUAUGGUAAAAUCCUGUAUUUUUGUAACCGGUAAUAUUGAACAAUUUGAAGACACAUAGCAGCAUUGUAUUGGACAUUAACAUUUCAUGUAUUCUGAUGAAUUGGGUAAAAUGCCAGUUGUUCCCACCUGUGAUGAGGCUCGGUCGGGAGGGCAAGACCUUUUUUAUUUUAUUUUAUUUUUUUAAGGUUGACAGGAGAGAAAGUAAUAGUUUUGGUUCAGGCUAAACAUGUGAUUGAUGCAUUGCCUUUGCCACAUCGAUAACUGUAGUUAUAUGUUUUGUGAAUAAAGAGACUUUUGGCUA